AUGGUCCAAACACGUUCCGGUCAAGCCUCGACGGGUAGUGAAUCCAAACCACAGGCUAAACACUCCAAAGCGGCCAAGGAAGCUGCUACCGAUGAUGUGAAGAAAGGAGAUGAAAAGAAACCAGUGGAUGAAGUAAAAGCGAAAGUAGACCCUGAAACAGUGCUUGAAAAGCGCAAGAGAGACGACGAACCAGGAGAAGAUGUCACUCAAGACCAAGAACCGCCGUCCAAGGAAGAGCAGCCUCCUCCUAGCAAGGCCGUAAAAGAAAACGAAGAAGAGACAGCUGGUACCACAACUGAGAACAAUGGACACGAAGAAAAUGAGGGGGAAAUUUCAUCUACCAUUGCACACAAAAUCCACAAAACGAUUGAUAAAUACGGUACUCAGCCCUUGGAAGGACUCGGAGUCGACAAGCCAUUGGAGCCCACUCCAGAAAUUCUACUAGCCAUCGUCAUUGACUCGAUGUUUAAAUCAACUCGAAUCUCGCACCUCCUCGCGCAAAAGGCUUCGAUUGCUGUUUUCAAAGCUGGCUAUCACGACAUCAAUGUUUUGAGCAACACGACGUGGGACGAGAGGGUUCAAGUAUUAUCUGAUGGCGGUUAUAACCGGUAUCGAGAGACGACUGCCACCAAGCUUGGGGACUUGGCACAGUUGGUGAACGAGAAAUACAAUGGUGACCUCAACAACCUUUUGAGAAAAGCAGGAGAUGAUCCAUCCCAGGUCCGGCAUUUGAUCCGAGAAAUCAAAGGAUUUGGAGAUGUAGCUACAGAUCUCUUCUGUGAUGAUGCGCAGGCAGUCUGGCAUGUUCUGGCGCCGACAAUUGAUCAUCGCAGUCUCGACACUGCCAAAGAAGUCGGCAUUGGGACAGAUAUUGAAGCUAUAUAUGCCGCAUUACAUCACGACCCUGUAAAAAUGAGCAAGCUUGCAAGAGGUCUUUCCGCGGUGAGGUUGUCGAAGCAUCAGGAGGAUAUUGAAAACGAGGAGUAA